UGGACGUCUCGCGCCUUUGUUACGCCCACCCGCUUGUGUUGUACAUAUUAGGUGGACACGGUCGCGCGACUGCUGUGAAUUAUUCUGGAAAUCUCUCGUGAUGCUUUAGGAUGAAACAUGGCUCUAUUGAGGAAAAUCAACCGUGGGCUCCUCAUUCUGCUCUUUCUGGUGGCCCUUGCUUUCCUGUACAACAUGAACAGACCACAGACACUAUUCAAGUACUCAGUUCAGAGCUCAGGAAAGACCCAGGAAAUGCCCCCAGAAAUGAAGUAGAAGAUGAGACAGAGGUGGACAGAGACAUCCCUGUGCUGAUCUGUGCUUCAGAGGAGCGAAUUGGUGCUUCCAUGGCAACUAUCAACAGCGUCUACAGCAACACUCGUGCUAGCGUUUUCUUCUACAUAGUUACCCUGCGAGAUGCCAUCAAAAAGAUAAGAGAAUACAUAGAGAAUACCAAGCUGAGAAAAAUCAGGUACAAGAUCCUGGAGUUCAACCCGAUGGUAUUGAAAGGGAAAGUAAAUCCGGACUCAUCCAGACCAGAACUACUGCACCCUCUGAACUUUGUGAGGUUCUAUUUGCCACUCCUUGCCAUUGGAAGUCACAAGCGGAUUGUUUACCUGGACGAUGAUGUCAUAGUGCAAGGAGAUAUACAGGAACUGUACCACAUUAAAAUGAAACAUGGGCACGCUGCUGCAUUUGCUUCAGACUGUGAUCUGCCCGACACUCACGAGAUGGUGCGCAGUGUGGGGAUGCAGACAACCUAUAUGGGCUUCCUGGAUUACCGCAAAGAGGAAGUCAGAGAGCUGGGCAUCAACCCUAGUGAUUGCACAUUUAAUCCAGGUGUUUUUGUGGCUGAUAUUGAUGAAUGGAAAAAGCAAAAAAUUACUAAGCAGUUAGAGAAAUGGAUGGCUGUGAAUUUCAGGGAAAACUUGUUCAGCAGUGCUGUGGCUGGUGGUGUGGCCACUCCUCCAAUGCUGAUUGUCUUUCAUGAUAAAUACACCACCAUUGAUCCACUGUGGCACGUCAGACAUCUGGGCUGGAGUCCUGAUGCACAUUAUCCUGAGUCUUUCCUCCAAAAGGCGCAUUUAUUGCACUGGAACGGCCGUUUCAAACCCUGGGACUACCCCUGUGUCCAUCUGGACCUCUGGGAGAAAUGGUUUAUUCCAGACCCCACAGGAAAGUUCGCCCUGGUACGACCAUGAGUUUAAACA